AUGUGUUCUUCUAAUUAUUCUCCUAUUUAUAUCACUAUUCCUUUAGUACUUUUUCAAUCACUGAGCAACCAUUUCUUCUCAAUCUUUUUAUAGAUCAUAGUAAUUUUACUGAAUUUAUUUAGAAGAAGUUCCAGGCAAGGUAUGCUAAUCUUUGAAGGUUUUAGGUUGUUGCUUUUAAUUGAAAAGAUCCUAUUUCUAGAGACAAUUAUUAUUAAGACAUCGCUAUAGAUCAAUAUAAAAAUAUCUAAUGCUAAUUCAUCACCUAAGUAACAUAUUUUAUAAUAAAUAUUUACAAUUUAUUAGUGCUUUGGCCGGCAUUCAAUCAUAUUUUAAAUUUUGUUCUUUAAUCCUAUUAAUCUUUAAUAUUCCUACCUUUUUUAUUGUAUCUAUUUUUAUGAGAGGUUUUACUUAUUUUUGUUUUGCUCAUAUGAUUAUAUUAAGGCAUUCAAUUCAUCUGAAUUCUAUUGGUACUCCUAAAUAUCCUAUUUAAUGCCAUUUUUGUUACAAGGUAGGUAUCAGAGUCUUUUAAAUCUUUACCUUCAAAGCAUUCAUCCUUUUAGACAAUUGCUAAAAUAUUUUCUUAAAAUUAUCACCAUUUAUUUUAUUUACUCAGUAAUUACUAGCUAUUGCUUGCUACUUACUUUACUAUUUAUUUAAUUACAAAAUCUAAUUGUUUGUUUGCUUUUUGUAUUAUGA